GAGUACCAAUCCCAAAGCCGUUCUUUCUUAUUCAGGGAUCACAAUCAUCUUUGAUGUCUCUUAUGGAUUAUGGGCUAUUUCAUUGAUGUUGACCAAGUUGGCAUAUAAAAGCCACAGCAACAUGAUGCAAACAGCAUACUCAGACCCGAGUUUUCUUGAUUAUUUCCUUUUUGCAGUCGAAAUUAUCAAGGGCAUACCUGACAUUCACGUCAGAGAUAUAUACUACUGGUUUAACUCCGGCCUUACACCCCUCGGGAACAUCCUUCUUCUGUCAGCAGAUCUAAAUUAUGCUCUGAGCUCAGAAAUACACCUUAUUUCUAGAUUUGUAAUGGUGUGGCUGGAGGCACUGAAGCAGGCUGGCAUUGAUCUAGAAACCUAUGGCCGACGUGAACGCGAGAUUUUGGUCGAAAUGAAUUAUAUCAUCCUCAUUCCUUACCUUGAAUGGCGCCUUAUCGAUUUCAAGUUCGGCCCAAGCCCAGAAGAUUGGGAAUUUUAUUUUGGCGAGCCCAUACAUGAAUAUGUCGGCGAAUUCUGGAAACUGGUUGAGGAUCCACCUCUGCAUAUUCCGGGGGCUUUGGUCGAUGAUGAUAAUCAUGAUGAUGAUUAAGAUGGCUACGACCUCGACCUUGAGAUUUCAAGAUAAUUGAAGGGAAUUCUUAUAUGAAGCGAACUAGCUAUCUAAAUGGUAGUGAAGACGGCGACGACUGCGACGACAAGAGUUAUUGAUAGGCAUCUUACACAAGUGU